AUGGCUAAUGAUACAGAAGAGACUUCUGCCUCCAACAACACUAACAACUCUAGUGAUAACAAUUCCAACUCCAACAACACUAUUGACAGUACCGAUAGGCAACCCUUACACCCAGCAUAUACAGUCACCAACAUCAACAACAAAAUUCGAACCCUAGACGGCAAAAAGGUCACAUAUUCAUCUUGGGUUAAGUUAUUCAAACUCCAUGUCCGAGCCUAUAAAGUUCUUCAUCACAUAGACGGAACCGACCCACCCGCAGAAUCUGACCCAACAUAUUCAGCGUGGUCUGAACUUGAUGCACUCAUUCUCCAGUGGAUAUAUAGCACAUUAUCCGAUGAUAUCUUAGCCCGUGUUCUUGACACUGAUAUCACAGCUAGAGCCGCCUGGCUAAAAAUCCAAGAAAUUUUUGUCAACAAUAAACACGCCAGAGCCGUCACCCUUGAAUCCAAAUUCACCAACACCACCCUCAAUUCAUGCUCAUCAUUUGAUGACUAUUGUCAAACCUUGAAGGACAUUGCUGAACAAUUACUGUGA